AUGGGUGCUUUACAGUCCAAACCGGCACCGACUGCUGCAGGUGGGAGUCCCAGCACACCUACAUCGGAUACCAUCAUUCCCUUUCGCUACCUCGAUAACCAGAGCUUCCUCAAACAGUUCGUUCUUGUCUUUACGUACCGUUUCGAUGCAGUUCUCGACCCCGAAAAGCUGCGCCAUGCGCUUCAACGCCUCUUGGAAAGCGGCGACUGGAAACAAUUAGGUGCCAGGGUGAGGAAGAAUGCAAGCGGUGAUCUCGAGUACCACCUGUCCCAAUCGUUCGACGACCAGCGACCGGCACUAUCAUGGUCGGACAUCAAGCUUGAGCAGAACCUUGCCGACCACCCACUCGCCUGCCGAUUACCCCGUGCGGCUCCAGACCAACACCGUCCGCAAUUCUUCGAAGAUGCCGCUGCUUUUGUUCCACUGAUUGAGGCCGCGGAGACUCCUCGCAAGAUCGAAGACUGGACGUCAACUGAUGCACCCUUGUUGUCUUUCCACGUUGUGAAGUUCAAUGAUGCUACUCUUGUCACUGUGAGCUGGUGUCAUGCUUUCAUGGACGGUGUUGGAAUUGCUUCACUCAUGAGGGCAUGGACGGCGAUGCUUGCAGGCCAGGACGACACAGUAGCGCCAGUUCUAAGCUUUGACAAAGAUCCAGUUGAGCUGCUCGGUUGCAAGCGGGAGACCGCGCCGGAGGACUACCUUAACCAUGGACGAAGCCUCAGUGGCAGCUCUCUCUUCAGAUUCGUGGUCAACCAGCUGUGGGAAGUGAUGUGGUAUGCCAAGCCCGAAACCCGCAUGAUUUGCCUUCCUGGGUCGUUCAUUGCCAAAUUGAAAGAGCAAGCGGCCCGGGAUGAGACAGAGUUCGUGAGCGAGGGCGAUGUCGUCUCGGCCUGGAUCACCCGUACUACAGCGCGUGCCUUGUCGAUUCCUCACUCGAUGCCGGUCGCAAUGGCGAAUGUGCUCGAUACACGAGACCUGAUCGGCGAAGACAUCCUCCCUUCGAACUCAGCAUACAUCGGCAAUAUGUGCAUCCAGUUCUUCACAUAUGUGAGCGCCGGUGAGCUGGCGAGUGAAAGUCUUGGGACCACGGCGCUCCGAAUCCGCAAAGCACUGCAGGAGCAACGGACCGGCGACCAGUUCGAAGCAUACUUGUCAGCGCACAAGCAGGCCACAGCGGCUGGGCGUCCCCCACUGUUCGGGCCCUGGAAUAUGGAGAUGGUGAACAUUUCAAGCUGGCUCAAAGCACGGUUCUUUGAGUACGAUUUCUCGCCGGCGGUGGUGCGGUCGGCUGCGGAUGGAGACAGAGAGCAGGCGUCGCUCGGAGGUAGACCGUCCUACAUCAGUGCCACUGGGCAUGAGAAUGUGCCGAUACCGUCGCGAAAUGUGGGAUGCUUGGUGGGAAAGGACGUGGAUGGUAAUCUGUGGAUGAAUUGGACCAUCAGGAAGUCUGCCUGGCCGGCGUUUGUUGGCAUUGCGACGGGAAACUUGGAGUAG